AUGCGUUUCGAGCUUGCUCUGCUCGCCCUCGCCCAGGGCGUCCUGGCUACCCCUUGCAAGGGGAAGAAGGCUGUUGAUAGUGGUGAUGGCACCGAAAGCACUGCUUUCUUGACCCCCACCGCGGCCCCGACCACUAGCACCACCACCACCACUACCACCACCUCCAGCACCCCUGUUGUAGUCACCUACACCGAUGCUGCUGGAAGCACCGUUGUCACUACUCUGUCUCCCCCUUCGACCAGCACCACCACCACUACUACCACCACUACUACAACUACCAACCAGGCUGCUGGAACUAGAACCGCCGGUGGUAGCGGAGGCCGAAGGCUGAUCCAGCGCAACGUCAACAACGACGACAAGGUCUUUGUCCUUCGCCAGACUGUCGACCGCCAGUUCCGCGUGCCCGACACCAAGUCCAACACCAAGUCCAAGACCGACAGCACCAGCACCAGCAAGAGUGGCACCAGCGGCAGCAGGGACGGCCGUAUCGACCGCAUCGAAUCCAUCCCCAGUGGCAGCAGCACCAACGAUGGAGGCUCCAAGGUCCGAAAGAUCAAGUACCCCUCCUACAAUGAACCCAUACGCGGCAUCAUUAUUGGCGGUCACGCGGAUGACGACAGAAUCUACGGCAUCAGGAGGGUGAGCGUCCCCGCCCCGGAGCCCUCGGAGGAAGAGUACGAGGAGUACGAGAACAAGCUGUACGACAACGUCAGCCACGAGGUUGCCAGCGGCCUCGGCCUCUCCAGGCACAGGACUCCCAAGUACAAGUACAAGCACAAGGGACACCCCAUCUACAAGAAGCUCGGCCUCACGUCCGGCCCGGACGGCAGGAUCCGCUACAAGAACUACAAGCGGUCCAGCGGCAAGAAGCCCACCCUGGUCGACCAGGCCAAGAUCUCCAAGGAGCAGCGCGAGCGCCUCCGGGAGCUGUACCUCAAGUACCGCGAGAUCCUCGCCGGCGACAUUGUCGACGACCUGGACAAGGUCUUCAAGGUCACUGUAAAAACCCCCUUUUAUCAACCUGAAUGGAUGAGACUGAGAAGAUCAUAG